AAGAAAAAGGUUGGGGUGAAACCGGUAAAGGUUGGCGACUUUUAUGUGUCGAGGAACCUUUCAAUACGUCGAGGAACCUUGGUAAUAGUGCCGAUGAUACUAGCGUUCAGGGUUUAAGAGAGGAAUUCCGUAGAGCUUUCAAGAUUCUUUAUGAAAAAGUUGACCUAGAUUUAUGUUGCGUGCAAUAUACAUUCCCAAAUAAUUAUCAUUAUAACGCCAACAACUGUUAUUACAACUGUAACAAUAACUACAACAAUAACUAUAACAAUAAUUACAACAAUAACUAUAACAAUAACUACAACAAUAACUACAACAAUAACUACAACAAUAACGCCAAUUAUACCAAUGGUAAUUACAACAACUAUAGAUCUAGGACAAGCGGAACAUGUCAGUUCAGGCAAGGUGCUAAAAGAUCAAAUUAUUUCAAGCACAAUCAAAAUUUUCGCUCUAAUGGUUUUCACAGGCAACAAAAUGUUGAAGUUGACACCAACGAAGAUUAUAAAGAUGAAACAGAUGAUACUAAUAAAGGCGAACAAAAUUUUUCAGACAUUUCUUCUCAUCAGAGGAACGAACAAUUGAAUCAAGUUCCCAUUUUUUCAGAAAAUCAUAACCCUUAUUAUCAACGAGGUUCAAAUAUUGAGGAUACUCUAAAUCAGAAACCUUGUUCCCCUGAGCCGAAGCAUGACUCCGUAUCAGAGAUGAACUUAACAUCUAGCACUAAUAAUCACCUUGAGAUGCCGUCGUCUGUUCUAAGUCAAGAUCAUGCCAUUGAAUCUAGUGAGGUCACCGCAUGCAGGUCCAAUCAAAAGUCCGUUGCUGAGCUGAGUCAGAUUGUCCGCCAUAACUCGAUGAAUAACAAGAUGGUACCUCAUUCAAAUCAGAAAAUGGCGUAUGCAACAAACCAAAAGCAUAUUGGUCAAUCGAAUAAGCAGCCAUAUAAUCAUUCAACGAACCAUAAGUUCACAAAUGGAUCAAAUCGACCUAAUCGUAAUUCUGAUCAAAGGUUCGUUCGUGAGGCUAGACCAAAUUUUUCCCACAUUUCAAAUUCAAUUGUGGCACCUUCUACUUCUCAAAAAGAGUCAGCAGGCAGUCCUACACUCGAUGGUCAACCCAACCAGGCUUCGAAUGUCAAAUCCGAACAAAAUAAUCAUAAGCCUACGCAUUUAAAAUCUUCUCGGGCAUGCACAAAAUCUACCGACGAGAAUAGUUGCAAGACCUACAGUUAUAAUGGAGUAAAAGUUGAUGAGAAUGGUGCUUCGGUCAUUCCUUCGUAUUCAACACCCGAUAUUAGUAACAACGACAACUCUGUCCCGAUAAUAUUUGAUUCGAAUUUGUUGUGUUCUAACACG